AUGAAUAGGGUACAAAAAACUUAUCAGCCAUCGUCAAGAAUUGAACGGCUAGCUGAGCCGUUGGCACGAUGGCGCAAACCGCUGAUUCGAGUGAAUGUCGUUUUCCAGGAGAUUGAUCACCAGAUACUUUGGUACAAAAAGACCCCUAGUUCUUUCGAUAAAAAAAUUAUAGUUAUACACACACCGCCUCAACACACAAAAACCGAAUCUGGCGUAUCUCGAGCAGCUCUUAAAUAUGAGGCGUCAGAAAAUAUUAGGCGAUUGGCCAAACCCCGGUCAAUACCAAAAACGGACGAUGAAAAAUGCUCUUCUGUGAAGUCAUCGUCGCUUGUUUACAAGCCAUCGCUUCGAAUACUUCAACUUUCCAAGCCCCGGACACGCGUGGUGAAGACUUGA